AUGUCUAGUUGUGUUGGCAUUGUGUAUUCCGAUGCUUACCGAAAAAUAUCCUCUAUUUCGCCCAAGUUUGAGGAUCGUUUUUCGCUAGUAAUGGACCUCUUGAAUGCAUACGGACUGGUUGACCAUCUUUUGCGCAUUCCCCCGGUGGAGUGCUUUAGUGAGCCACAGGAAAUGGAAUUGCUUACUCCCUUUCAUAGUUCAGAAUACAUAGCAGCUGUAGAACGAUUAAGUAGACUUUACUCUGAUGAUGAUGAACCAAUCCUGACAAAAGAAAACGAAGACUUCUUUGACGAAUAUAAUUUAUUUUACGACUGUCCUGGAUUUACUUCACUCUAUGAAUAUUCCUUAGCCUCCGUCAGAGGAAGCAUUGCAGCCGCCGAUUCAUUGAUUAACAACCAUUGUAAGGUAAUCUUAGUCUAUCAGUCUUUCGUUCUUCUUUUUUAA